AUGGACGUGUAUGAGAAUCCAUUACGCCAAUUAAUUGAAAUUAAUAAUAAUAAUAAUAAUAAACAUGAUAGUCAAUUUAUGUACGACUUGAUUGAACUAACAUUGGAAAAAAUUACUAUUACCGAAAAAGAUAUUUUUGAGGAUACGUUCGUACGACCAAUGAAAUCAACAUUCAUUUACUCUGUCUUAUUUAAUGAUUGUUUUCGAACAUUAUCUAUUUAUGUGAAAGUUGUUCAACAAAUGGGCACUAUGUGGACAUCCUGGGAAGAAUACGGAUUAUGUGCUAAUUAUAUAUUGGCUUGGGAAAAGCAAAACAGUGAACAAAGAGAAAUAACCAAUCAUUUGUGGAACUUGAUUCAAGUGAUAAAACAAAGACAAUGCUCAUUUGAAAUAAUGCUUGAAGAAGCCAGCAAGGAACUAAAUGCUAAGAAAAGUAUUUGUGAAAUGAUUCAAUCGUGUGUCAGUGAAUAUUGUCAAAACGCAAAUGAUAAAGAAGAUCUUGUUAAUCAUGCACAAAACAUACUAAAACAGCUUAUGACAGAUCCUGUAUGUUCUGUUGAAAUCCAUUCAGAGAUUAUAGCACUUGCUAAAUACGCUCAAGAACUCAUGCCAUACUCGAAAUGUCAACUUUGGCAAAGUUUUCUUACAAACUAUCAAAAUUUAAACACAGCUGUUAUGACUAGUGAAGAAAUAGAUUUAACAAAGAUUGAACCUGAAAGAAAAGAUGAUGAUUUCUCUUUAUCUCAUUCAAAAUCUUGUUUCUCAAUCUUACAAGCGGAUGCAAAACUAUUUCAUAUAUUUAUCGAUCAAUUGAUACGUAAUUGUUCUAAGUGGGAAAUUCUACCUAUUUCACAAUCAAGCAAACUUUUUCCUAACAUGUAUAAUGACUUGGGCCCCUUAAAACAUAAAUUUAAUGUUGAUGUUAUUGAAUUUUUCACAACAUUAUUCGACUAUAGUAAAAACUUGAGUCAUGUUAAUCAUAUUUGCCAAGGAUGCAUAAAUUUAUUUGAUCUAUUUCAAAUUCAACUUGACGAUAGUAAAACUAUGCUUACUGAUGUAUUACAAAUGAAUGAAAAUACCAAUGGGAAAACUUUUUUAACCAUUUAUCAAACUUUUCGUCAGCAUUUUUAUGAUCGUUACUCAGCAAAAAUGAACAAAAUGUUCUUUUACUAUGAUUCAGCCAUUGAGCUUAUAAAAUUUCUUUAUCCUCUUUCUACAUCCGAUGUUGACAAUCUACGUGAAACAGUUAAUGAUUGGGAUGAAACAUUAAUCAAUACAAAAACAGUUCUCGAUUUAGUCAUAUUGAAAACAUUUCUAGAUCAACUUAAUGAUAGAAUAAAAAGGAUUCAACAAAAAUCAUCAUCGAUUCUUACAUUGGAUCAAAUUACAGCUUGUUUUGAAGGUUUAUUGGAAGAUGAUCAAUCAAAAAUAAUAUUUGAAUACUUCGAGUCUUGUCAUCUAUUAUUACCUAGCAUCCAACAUAUUUAUAUGAAUUUGACAGAUAGGAGACUUUCAAAACGACGACAAAUUUUAAACAUUAUGAAAAAUAUUUCAUUUAGUUUUAAAAGUCUUGGUCAACAAGAACUCAAAGAAUCUUAUGAAUUAAAUUAUAAUUAUGACAUUACAAUAAAUUUCAAUGAACUUAGUGAUCUUCGUGAUCGUGCACGACUUAUCGAAUAUUCUAAUAGACUUAAAACACAAAAUGAUACAGAACAAGAUACUGAAAUGCUUCAUUCAUUCGUUUCUUUUGUUGAUACUAUUGAAAAUAUAAUCAAAAACUUGACACAACUCAAUAUGGUUGGUUAUCCUUGUGUUCAAUCUCUUCUAGAAUCAAGCAAAACUUUUACAUGCAUCGAAGGUAAAUAUAAUGAAUUGAUUGAAUUUGAACAGACAAUUGAAAAAUUACGAGUUGAAUGGGAAUAUCAUUUAUGUGAAUUAUACAAAGAACAUAUAUCAUUAACUUAUUUUUUUUAUCAACAAUUUUGGAUAAUUGAACGUUAUUUAUACAAUCGAACAAUAUUUAUCAAUAAUGCUUAUCAUUUGCUUAAGUAUAUUGGCAUACAGCCUGAACUAAUUCAAUACGAUUUCCUACUCGAUAUGAACGAAGAUCCGGUGAAUCGUCUUAAGAAAGUUGGUCAAGUAUUGUCAAUUCAAAAAACUAAAUCAAUAGAAACAGCUGAACAAAAACUUCCGACUAAUAAUACAAUACUAUUAGUUCAAACAUCCGAUGAAGGUAUCAUGCGUGCUAUACUUUCUCUUUUUACGUUUGUUCAAGUAUCAGCUAGAUUUAAUCAAUUAUUUUAUUGUACAGAAAGAACAACUUGGAUGGAAAUGCGAGCAUUUGCCUAUCGUUGUUUCUAUUCAGAAAAAUUUCAUCAACUCAUUCGACCGGAACUGUUAACAUUAUCAGUUCAGGAUAAGUUUAUUGAACUUUUACAUCAAAUGAUUCGUUCACAACCAGAUCGUCAUUUUCAAUUUGGAAUUAUAACUACAUCAUCAAAUAUAAAUCAGCAAUUAAUUAAUAGUUUGAAAGCUUUAGAACUUGUCCACGAGAUCUAUGAUUAUCAAAUGUUGAAUAAAACAAAACUCAAAGAAGAAAUUGAGAAAUUAAAUGAAAAAAAUUGUUUUCUCGUCACAUCGCAUAUUGCUGGUCUUGGCAAAUCGACUACCAUCCGAAAUAUAAUACAUAAUUCUGGUAAAGAACACAUCAAAUUUCCGAUUAGUGGUAACAUCGAUAUGGAAAGUUUGAUGACACGUUUUUGCAAUUGUGUAAAUGAUUCAUCAUCAUCAUCAAAAAUAGCUAUUCAUAUCGAUAUUGGCGUUAUUCAUGAUAUUAACCAAUUAAAUAAAUUUCUAUAUUCUGUUAUACUAUUUCGUAGUUUUCGUUGUGAAUCAAUGGCUAUCAAUGUUGAUGUUGAUGUACCAAUAUACAUCGAACUUGAUUCAUCUCCACAAAUGACGAGUCUAUUUGAGAAAAUAAUUAUUUUACAAAAUCUUGAGAAAAUUGGAAUUUUUCGUAUUGACUGGAAGCAAAUGGAUAUUAAUCAUUUAUCAGGAAUUCAAUUAGUUGUUAAUUAUCUUCAAUCAAUCUACGAUAACAAAAUCAAUCGAGUAGAUAUCAAUGAACAAACAUUGACAAAACUCGAUACAGUUACUUGUUCAAAACUCUUACAAGAACAAUUUAUGAGCCACAAAGAUGAUAAACAAAUCAGUUGGACACAACUAAAAAUUUUAGUGACAAUAUAUCAUUAUUUAUUUUCGGGUUUCUCCAAAUCUGGCUAUUUUCUUUCUGAAUUUACAAAAGAUUCAUCACUUCGCAUGGAUAUUCUUCAACAUCUAUUGAACUCAUCUGAUCAAUUUACAUCGUUGUCAGUUGAAUCUGUACGAAAAAAUCAACGUUCAAAAAACAAUGCUAAUCUUAAACUGGACGAAGCAAUUAUUCGAUGGGAUAAAUUACAACCAUUUACAGUUAUAUUUACUGAUUCGAAUGAUCCAUUAUUUGUCUAUAAAAAAACAAAUGAUGUACCACGUUCACUAACUGAUGCAGUUACAAUACCAGUUCGAAAACGUUUUUUUGAUAGAUUUUUAUUUUUGAAUAGAUCCAAUGUUGAAGAAAAAAAACAAAAACAACAAGAAUUACUAUUUCCAGAUCAUAACAAGCUCAAACAUUCGGAUUUCUUCAUAAGACUUGCAUCAUUAUCAACAAAAUAUUUUAUUAAAUCAGUGUGUAACAUUUGUUUUAAGCAGCAUGAAUACGACGAUGAAAUAUGUAUAAAUUGUGGAACCAAAAGUAAAUUACUUCGACCUAUAAAAGAAAAAGAAUUCAAAGAUUCAGAUAUCAUGGAAUUUCAAUUGAAGAUUGCAAAUAUAUUCGAAAAAGAGUAUAUAUGGACAGCAGAUAAUUAUAUUAAAGCACUAUUAAUAUAUUUACGGGUACAAUGUCAUCUUCCUGUUAUACUUAUCGGUGAAACAGGUAAUAUUAAGUAUCCAUGCAAUCUUCCAUUAUCCUAA